AUGCCUAUCAACCAACCCUCUAACCAGAUCAAAUUCACCAAUGUAUCGGUGGUCCGAUUAAAGAAAGGUAUGGUUGAAGCUAAUCUACAUUACCUUAUCCGUUCACUGACAUUCCAUCUCAAUGCAGGCAAAAAGCGCUUCGAACUCGCCUGUUACAAGAACAAACUUCUCGAAUACCGCUCCGGCGCCGAAAAAGACCUCGACAAUGUCCUCCAAGUCCCGACCGUAUUCCUCUCCGUCUCCAAAGCUCAAACGGCCCCAUCAGCAGAGUUAGCAAAAGCUUUCGGAACCGGUACCCCACGAGAAGAGAUCCUGCAAGAGAUCCUCCGCAAAGGCGAGGUGCAAGUCGGCGAGCGCGAGCGCAAAGACAUCCUCGAACGAGUGGAGAAGGAAGUCCUAGACAUCGUAUCAGGCCGCCUAGUCGACCCGUCAACCAAGCGCGUAUACACAACAGGAAUGAUUCACAAGGCCCUGGAUCAACUGAGCUCCGCCAGCGGCCAGCAACAGACACAAGCGCACGUGGAAACGAGCGGAGAUGGCGAAGAGAAGACGUCACAACCGAAGAAGCCGCUUUGGACGGGAGUUUCAGCGACUCGCUCAGCGAAGAGUCAAGCAUUGGAUGCCAUGAAGGCUCUAAUUGCCUGGCAGCCGAUUCCCGUUAUGCGAGCCCGUAUGCGUCUUCGCGUGUCUUGUCCCGUGUCACUGCUCAAGCAGUCUGUCAAGGCCGCCCCCAGCGCUGCGAACAAAGAGAAGGAAGCACCCGCCAGUGGCUCGAAGAACAACAAGAAGGGGAAGGGAUCGAAGAAGGGAGCUAAGCGAGAUGACUCAGAUAUCGAGGGUGGUCAGUCUGAUGUGGAAUCUUCGCCCAAGGCACCCAGUACCGUCAAGGACAAGAUAAUAGCGUUCAUUGAAUCGGUCGAGUCGCAAGAAGUCAUUGGUGGGGAUGAGUGGGAGAUUGUUGGGUUUGCCGAGCCCGGUGCCUUCAAGGGAUUGAAUGAACUGGUCAGCAAUGAGACACGCGGGAGAGGUCGGGUGGAGGUUCUGGACAUGUCUGUCACACAUGAGGACUGA